GCGGGUGUAGCGCGGAACGAACGUCGCACCCGCGUUUCCGUCGUUACGGGAAUCCGCGUCGCGACAUCCGGCCAGGGGCACGCCGAUCGAUCUUCCGGAACGAGUCGUCGCGUGCUCGGGGAAUCGCCGGAAGGACCGUCCUGUUUCGUCCUGUUUCCGUCGCGUCGCGUCGCAUCGCGUCACGUCGCGUCACGUCACGUCACGUCGCGUCGCGUGUUGUCGCAACUUUGGUGCUAUGCACGCCCCCGAUGCGUGCCGGUCCGCUUUCAUUUCGCUGGCGCGUGUCCCUCGUAUUAUUGUCGCGGUGUCUAUUAACGUUCAGAGAGCGCGGGGACCGCUGCGGAUUCGUCCCGCACACAGGACCACGGCGGCGCGAACGGGUCAUAGGUCGCAGCGUCGAGGACGAUUCUGAGUAUGCGGGCGAUCCGCGACUCCGACGAUACACGGCGCACUCGUGUGUGGACGUAUCAUGGGUAACCUCACAUUUGAACUGUCUCUCCUGUUGCCAGCUACCAAACGCAUUGUUAACACACCAUCGUAGUUGCUCCGCGAUGUACACACUUACAGUGCCUUCGCGAAUCGGCGGCGAAUCGAAUGUUGUUUAUUUUGAAUCUCGCUCGAGUGCCGGUCGAAACGCUGCGACUCUCCAAAUGUUUUUUGCCGCGUCGUUUUUUUCCGCGACAUCCGCGGUGUGGUUACCUGUCUAUAGAUAUGAAAGAAAAUUGAAUACGUAUUACAGCAAGAUAGUCUUUUUGCGAUUGGCCCCUUUUAAAAAUAUGGUAUUAAGUUUUCGAGUGUCUGAGCUUCAGAUGCUUCUUGGUUUCGCCGGUAGAAAUAAGUCCGGCAGAAAGAACGAGUUGCAAGCGCGUGCAUUGGAAUUAUUGCGCUUAAGAUCGCAUCCAGCUAUCCGGCUGAAAAUACGUGAAUUGUACAAGUCGAUACAAGCUGAUCAAAUGGCAGCACAUCAAAUGUAUGGCCAAACUGGAAGUUCCUCCGAGCCACAAAUUGACCAAACCAUGCAUAAUAGAAAUUAUUAUUCAACAAGACAAGCGAUCAGUCAACAGCAGCAACAGCAAGCAUCUGUUUCUGCUGGAAAGGAAUUGACUCCGGCACAUCAAGCAUCUUUACCUCAGGCACCUAGGACCAAUCCAGUAUAUCAAUCAACUGGUUAUUCUAGUGUAGCGCCACAGCGUACCCCAAAUACAGCAUAUAAUCCAUAUCAGUAUCCAACCAAAGUUUUACCUGGACCAUUACAAAUACAACCUACAAGUCAAUAUCCAGUUCAUCCAGAUGUUAGGCUAAAGAAACUUCCGUUUUUUGAUUUAUUAGGUGAAUUAUUGAAACCCUCUAGUUUAAUGCCACAGGGAUCGAUGAGAAUGCAAGAAAACACAUUCUUAUUUCAUUUGACACCACAACAGGCGACAGAUAUUGCCAGUUCACGUGACUGUCGAGCUGGCAGUAAAAUGGAUUACGUUGUACAGGUACAAAUGCGAUUUUGUUUGCAAGAAACGUCGUGCGAACAAGAAGAUUAUUUCCCUCCAAACAUAGCAGUGAAAGUUAACGGAAAAUUGUGUCCCUUACCAAAUCCUAUACCAACCAAUAAACCAAGUGUAGAACCAAAGAGACCUCCACGGCCUAUUAAUAUCAGUCCUUUGGUAAAAUUGUCGCCUACUGUUGGUAAUGAAAUUCGUGUCACAUGGUCGGCUGAUUAUGGUAGGCGAUAUGCAAUCGCAGUAUACCUCGUUAGAAAGUUAUCAAGUGCAGAAUUACUCAGUAGAUUAAAAAACAGAGGUGUUAAACACUCCGACUACACUAGAGGAUUAAUUAAGGAGAAAUUAAACGAAGAUGCGGAUAGUGAAAUAGCUACUACGUCACUAAGAGUAUCAUUAGCCUGUCCUUUAGGAAAGAUGAGGAUGUGUACCCCGUGUCGUGCAUCGACAUGCUCUCAUUUGCAGUGUUUUGAUGCUUCUUUAUUUCUUCAAAUGAAUGAGCGAAAACCCACUUGGAACUGUCCAGUUUGUGAUAAGCCAGCACUCUACGAUAAUCUUGUAAUCGAUGGAUAUUUCCAAGAAGUUCUUAAUUCAAAUAAAUUAUUGCCAGAUGUAAACGAGAUUCAGUUAUUACAAGAUGGUUCAUGGGAAAAUUUAGUAUUGAAAAAAGAAAAGGAUAAAGAUAAGGAAAGAAAUGAAACAAAGACUGCGGCUGAUUCACGAGAUAAUAAAAUUGAUGUAGACACAGUGGAUUUGGAUGAAAGCAAUUCUACUCCGGCACCAAAAGAGAAGAAACGUGCUGUCGUUAUCGAUUUAAUAUCGGAUAGUGAAGAUGAUGACGAUGAUAACACGCCGACUCAAAGUACAAAGAAACCAGCUAGUGGCAUUUCAUCGCCAAAAAAAUCACAGACCAGCUCUAUUAGUAGUACAAGCGAAUCACCAGAAUUGAUGAUAAUCGAUUUAGAAUAAAGAAUUAUUUGAUAUUAAACAUAUUAUGAAACUUUUGUAGAAUUCAUUAUUUCCUUUGUAAGAUAUUCUCGAUUAUCUUUUUUCUUGUUCUAAAUUUCAAUCAAGAUCGUAAAUUUAUUCAAAAUUUGGUAUCUUGUACAAGAUCGAUUUAUAUUUAUUGUUUAAUUACUUCUUUGAAGGAGUUAGAAUAAACAUAGAUUUUCAUUUAUUGUAACUUUAAUAACAUUGCAUUCCCAUAUAUAAAUACAAUUCUUUACAUAUUCUGUUCGAUCUCACUUGACAAACUAAAUGUAGUGCUAAAGUCUGAUCAGAUUGCGAUAAGCGAGUAAUUUAAUAGAAUUUUUAUUUUGAAAGUGAUUGAUCGCAUGUAACUUGAUGAUCAUGGUAUGCUAAUGAAAUUGAAAAUAAAGUUACCUUUGUUUUUUGUA